AUGAAUGAUGAGAACCAAAACGUGGGACACUCCCAUGAUACUCAAAUGGGUGCUCAAGGAUUAAAUUUUCGUAGAGCACUCAAUAAUUUUUGUCGAAAAAACAAAGUGGAUGUUGUGGCUUUGCAGGAAACUAGGUGUAGCGGCAAUGUUGUUCGGAAGGCAAUCAAGAAACUUGGUUUUAAGAAUUAUAUUGUUUCUGAAGCGCAAGGAUUAUCUGGUGGCAUUUGGUUACUUUCGAAUAGACAGGAUAUUCAAUUUGAAGUGAUUCAGAAUAAUUUUCACUUCAUCCACGUUCAAGUUAGAGAACAAGGUGUUGAUCCUUGGCUUCUUACUGUGGUCUAUGCGAGCCCUCGAGAGAAUGAAAGAGAUACAACGUGGUAUCAAUUAAGGGGACUUGCUACUAAUAUUCAUGAACCUUGGAUUAUGAUGGGGGACUUCAAUGAGAUUGCUAAUCCUGAUGAGAAAAAAGGUGGAGUUCAGCCGGACCUCAGAAAAUGCCUAAAAUUUUCCAAUUGGAUGAAUGACUGUAGAUUGAUGGAGCUCACUACUAUAGGAACCAAAUUUACUUGGAGAGGCCCUAAAUGGAAUGGCCGUGACAGAGUUUUCAAAAAAUUAGAUCGUGUUCUUUGUAAUGUGGAAUGGAGAUUAAAAUAUGAUGAAGGUUUUGCUAAGAUCCUUCCUAGAGUGCAGUCAGAUCACCAUCCUAUUAAGGUUCUUUCGGAGGGGGAAUUAUCGAAUGGGGGGGAUCGCCCUUUCAGAAGGAAGAAUGAGCUUUUGGCCAGGUUAAACGGGAUUCAGAAUAGUCACAAUUAUGGGUACAGUAACUUCCUUGAGAACCUUGAGAAGGAGCUUCACGAGCAACUUGCUAUAACCCUUUACCAAGAAGAGUGCCUUUGGUUCCAAAAGUCUCGUAGCAAGUGGAUUGCAGAUGGUGAUCGAAAUACUAAGUAUUAUCAUUCCAAAACAAUCAUUAGAAGGCGUAAAAAUAAAAUUUUGACUCUUUGUGAUGACUCUAGUGAUUGGAUUGAUGACCCGAAUAUCUUAAAGAAUCUUGUGCGGAAUUUCUAUACGGAUUUAUUUAAAGAGGAUACUCCUAGUCGUGACUCUAUUGUUUCCUGGACCACUUAUCCAAAUGUUGUGGGGAAAUAUCAUAACAAACUUAUUUCUAAUGUCCAGCUUAAUGAGUGCAAAAGAGCUUUGUUUGAUAUGGGUCCGCAUAAGGCAUCUGGCGAAGAUGGUUACCCUGCUAUCUUCUUCCAACAUUGUUGGGAUAAGGUUGCUGAUUCUUUGUUUAACUUUGUCAAACAGUCUAGUUUUAUUCCAGGUCGUAACAUACACCACAACAUUAUUGUGGCUCAAGAAAUGGUGCACGCCAUGUCUAAAAUGAAAGAGGCCUCAAUUGAACAUGCUCAUUGUGUUUUGCACUGCCUUGAUAUUUUUUGUCAAGCCUCUGGUCAAAAGAUAAAUAGAAAUAAAACUUGUGUAUAUUUCUCCAAGAAUGUUGAUACCCAACUUCACGAGGAUAUUUUACAUCACACAGGGUUUAAUCAGGUCAAUAGCUUGGGCAUGUAUCUUGGGGCUAAUCUUGCUCCUGGAAUGAGUUUGAGAGGCAAGUUUAAUAAUAUUGUUAACAAAAUUCAGAGCAAGUUGAAUGGUUGGAAGCAACAAUGUUUAAGUUUGGCAGGUACGAUCACUCUCGCUAAGUCUCUUAUAAGCACAAUUCCUUACUACCAUAUGCAAUAUGCUAAAAUUCCCAAGACAAUAUGUGAUGAGAUUGAUAAAAUUCAGCGGGGUUUCAUUUGGGGAGACUCUGAUCAAGGUAGGAAAGCCCAUCUUAUUAGUUGGGAUGUUUGUUGCCUGCCUAAAGCUGAUGGCGGUCUUGGAUUUCGACAAACUCAUAAGAUGAAUGAAGCUUUUCUCAUGAAGAUCCUUUGGAAUUUGAUUAAAAAUCCAGAAGACCUUUGGUGUAGAGUUCUUCGCAGCAAAUAUGGUCGUACUGAUGACCUCAUUGCUAGCAUUAGUGCGCAACCUUACGAUUCUCCUCUUUGGAAAGCCUUGGUAAAUAUUUGGAAUGAUUUUAAAGGUCAUGUGGUGUGGAAUAUUGGGGAUGGUCGUAAUACUAACUUUUGGCUAGAUAAGUGGGUUCCUAACAAUGGAUCACUUAUGUCUAUAGGUAACCAGACCUACAUGGAUAUAACUCUAUUGGUUAGGGAUGUUCUUAGUCCUUCUAGAGAUUGGAACAUUGAUUUCCGCAUAAAUAACUUGCCAACUGACACUGUUAAUCAAAUUCUUGCGCUUCCAAUCCCUAAUGAUGAUGAUGGUCCAGACACUAUUGGGUGGGGUGGAACCAAUACCCACCAUUUCACAGUUCAAAGUGCUUAUUCUUUGCAACAUCAGGAUUUUCCGAUUUUGGAAGGUGACAGGAAAAGUAUUUGGAAGGAGCAAAUGGGGUGGUGGAAUCUCUCCUACUUGCCCGUGUUGGAUUGGUUCUUCAAUAACCUCAUCAAGAAAGACAUUGGGACGAACACUUUAAGUUGGAAGACAACUUUCAUGACAACAUGUUGGUACUUGUGGAAGUGGAGGAAUAAAACUAUUUUUGAAGCUGAUUUUAUUAGGCCGAACAACCCAAUUUCUUUAAUUUGGAGAUUUGUCCAAAAUAUUGAAGAUUGUAACUUGGAGCAUGUUCAUAUUGGUCGAAAGUUGAAGGAAAUCAUCUAUAUAGGUUGGAAGCGGCCUCGAGAAGGUUGGAUCAAGCUUAAUAGUGAUGGUGCUUGCAAGGAUAUGGGGGUUAUUGCUGGAUGUGGCUGCCUUUUUCGUGAUUCAAACGGUAGAUGGAUCAAAGGCUACACUAAGAAGAUUGGAGCUUGUGAUGCCUUACAUGCUGAGAUGUGGGGACUAUAUUUGGGUUUGGACAUGGCUUGGAGGGAACAUUACUCUCAUCUUAUAGUGGAAAGUGAAUCAAAGAUUUUGAUCGACAUGAUUUCUGAUAAUUUCAAGUUCAAUGGAAAUAUUCCUGUUUUAGUUUACCGUAUCCGGAAUCUGCUGAAGAUGAGUUGGAAUGUUCAACUCAACCAUACUUGGCGUGAAGGAAAUAGGAGUGCUGAUUGGCUCGCUAAUUUAAGCAUUUCUACAUAUCAUUUUAAUUUUCUUGUGUUGGAGUCUCCUCCUUGUGAGGUCAAAAGAAUCAUUUUUGAUGAUUUAUCCAGGACUUGCAUGCCUAGGAAUGUUCGAUUAACUUCUUAA